CCCCCCAUCAAGCUCGACGACCUCUUCCCCCUUAUUCAAGUUUCAGUAGCACAUAACACAUACAGCCAACAUGUCCACAACAGUUGAUCUCUCGCUCGCCACUCGGCCAAGUGAUGCCGAUGCUGUGCCGGGCUUGAUCGAGGAUCUUACCUCCCUCAAUGGAAACUGGACAGAAGACGACGAGGAGACGCGCCACAAGAUGGUUAUCAAGGCACGGAGUCUUCUCCAGUCUCUCAUGACACCCCGCGAGCAAAUGUUGCAACAUACAUGGGCUGAUCCCGGACUUGAUGCUGCUUUGACCACCGGUGUUGAUGUCGGUCUUUGGAAGCUCAUGGUCAAGGAUGGCGUUGAUGCCGUUCACAAGGUUGACCACCUUGCUAGGUCUUUGGGCAUGGAUCCUGAACUUCUCGGCCGCCUGUUGCGCCAUGUGUGCGCCAUGGGCCAUCUUGUGGAGGUGGCUCAGGAUGAGUACAAGCUCACAAACUUCACCAAGUCAAUGAGCCUCGAUGUCAUCGGCGAUAGUUAUGUUUGCCUACUCGGUGGCAUCGGCCGCAGCCCAAUCGACUUUUACAAGUUCCUUCGCGAGACCAACUGGCAAAAUCCCGUCGAUGCCGCCCACACGGCGUUUCAUGCGUCAUACAACAGCGACGUGCCAAACUGCAUGGUGUAUCUCGGGUCCAUCGGCAUGGGUCCUCAGAUGAACCACCAUAUGGGCGGUUACAGGCAGGGCCGCUUGCCGUGGCAUCAUCCCAAGAUCUAUCCUGUAGAGAAGGAAUUGUUCCCCGGUACCGAUGCUUCGUCCGAUUCGCCGCUGGUUGUCGACGUUGCUGGCGGCCUCGGCCAUGACAUCGACGAAUUCAAGAGAAACUACCCCAACCAUCCCGGCAAACUGAUCCUACAAGAUCGUCCGACUGUCAUCGAAGAUGUCAAAGACAUUGAUCCCUCGAUCCAGCGCAUGCCCCACGACUUCCUAACCGAGCAGCCCAUCAAGGGAGCCAGGGCCUACUUCAUGCACUCCAUCCUGCACGACUGGCCCGAUGAUGUCUGCCAGAAGAUCCUCGCCCGUCUGGCGGAGGCGAUGAAGCCCGGAUACAGCAAGUUGCUCAUAUUCGAAUGCGUGAUCCCGCGAACCGGUGCCUAUUGGGAAGCAACCGCAGGUGACAUGCUGAUGAUGACACAGCUGUCGGCUUGCGAGCGGACAGAAGACCAGUGGCAUCAACUCAUCGAGGGCAGCGGGUUGGGCCUCAAGAUCGUCAAAUUCUGGUCGAGUGGACUUUCUGCUGUUGAGAAUGUUAUUGAGUGCGAGUUGGCUGUUAACCGCAAAGCCACCACCUCCACUUGCAUCAUGGCGGUCUACGAAAUCGGAAGACAAUCACAGGAUGAGGUGAACGAAACUAACUCAACAAACAUCACAGUCUGCAGGUCCAGGAUGUUGAGACGGGCGCGUCGUCACGGUAGCGGAAUUGAAAGUGUCGGGGACGAGUGA